CGAAAACGCAUAAUGAUGAUUAAGGUUGUAACCGUUUUGUCCUGCAUAGCUGCGGCUACAGCAGGAACUAUCAACACAUCAUAUUCAUCAGCACCAGCUGUAUCAUCCGUCUAUUCAUCCAUCAACGAUCCAGCAAAAUCACCAGCUCCUAUCUACGAGACUACGAACGAAGUGAAAGAAAAUAAUCAAGACGGGUCGCAAAGAAGCACUUACUCCAAAUCUAUAACAUCACCGUACACAGUCCACAACUAUGACACGCAUGUUACCAGCAAUGGAGGUCACACGUAUCCUACCGUAUAUUCCUCACCUAUCCACUCUCCAAUAUAUUAUAAUCCUGGCACAUAUUCGGUUGCUACUCCCCUUGUAACUAAAACUUACUCAACCCCUAUUUACACACACAGCAACGGUAUUCCAGUUUUGACAAAAACAUCCUCAUCAGGACUGGCAACGUACUCCCACGGCCCAAUCGUCCAAGAUCAACAUUUGAAGACAACAAUCACUUACUCCGAGGCUCCCCUAGUAUCCCAUAUGACGUUUAGUGGCCUAGGAACGAACUAUGCCUGGUAAACAAAAUAUUAAGACAUUAAAUUAUUAUUAUAGUACGCGCGACUGACUUCUUAAUUAAGGUUAAAUUAUAUU